UUUAUGCAAUUAUUUUUUAAACCCUUUAAACCAUUUACUAUCUUCUUAAUUUCAGCCUGUCAGAAUAUCAGUUAUGAACCAGGCUUUGACCCCAAGAAGACCUAUGAAUACAAGUAUGAGGGUGUCAUCACUAUUGGACGUGACAUGCCAGACCUGGCAGAGUCUGGAAUGAGGCUGAUAUGCUCUGUUAGAAUCAUAGGUGUGUCAGCUCAAACCUUCCUCCUCCAGGUUUCCAGUUUGGCCUUUGAAGAGUUCAAUGGCUUCCCUGGGAAGAGUGGGUUCAAUCCCUCACCAAAACUGACUGAAAGGAUUGCUGCACAGCUCACCAAGCCAGUCAUGUUUGAAUAUGUGAAAGGACGCAUCGGGGACAUACGUGCAGCAGCUGAAGUGUCAAACACUGUGGUGAACAUCAUCAGAGGGAUUCUUGGGUUUCUGCAAGUCACAAUCAAAACUACACAAAAUGUUUAUGAACUUGACGAGCUAGGAAUACAUGGCAUUUGCCAUAGCAACUACUUCAUUGAAGAAGACCAAGACUCAAAGGAAUUCUACGUUACUCAAGUUGUGGAUGUAGAAAACUGCCAGGAGAGGGCAGCAAUGUACAGUGGAAUGACGCUCGCACUACAAAAUAAAUACUGCAAAGAGAGAGGUGACAAUCUCAAAACAGCUGUGGAGUACACAUACACAGUGAGACCGACAGAUAACGGUGCCCUGAUCAUAAAAGGUCAUGCCCAAGAACUGCAGUUCCUCUCUCCGUUCAAUGUAAACGGAGGAACUUCAAAACUAAAAGCAAUCAAAGACAUUGUGCUGGUCAGUGUGAUGGACACAGUGGCGAACCCAGGGAUAGGACCCUUGGAGAACAGAGGAAAUCUGAUGUACAAGUUUGGAAAUGAACUCAACCAGAUACCAUUGUUCUUAAUAAAAUCAGACGAUCCAGUGGCUAAGAUUUCUGAACUCAUUCAGCGUUUAGCACAAGCUAACAUAAAUCAGGUUGAUAGCGCCAGUAGUGCAGACGUCCUUCAUCUGUAUCAGCUUCUCCGUGUGGCAACUCAAGAUAACCUGGAAGCUCUAUGGAAGCAGUUUUCAGGGAAUGCAGAGUACAGGAGGUGGCUACUGGACUCAGUUGUUGAAGUCACAGAUGCCAGGGUCAUUCAGUUCCUAAAAGACAGAUUUCAAGAAGGAGAUCUCACAGCAAAUGAAGCAGGCCAGACAUUAUUGGUGGCAUUUCAUCAUUUAACAGCAGAUUCAGCCAAUAUAGAACUGGCCAAGGAAUUUCUGAAAAUGCCAUUUAGUAGGACACCUGAGAUGCUAUGGAACACCAUUGUGUUAGCUUAUGGUUCCUUGGUCUACAGAUACUGUGGUAACAUUGAUCCAUGUCCUGUGGCUGCAGUACAGCCUCUGCUCGACCUUGCGAUUGACGGCCUCAAUAAAGACAGUGAAGAGGAGGUGGUUUUGGCCCUGAAGGCUCUGGGCAAUGCAGGCCAUCCCUCCAGCAUUAAGACCAUUAUGAGGUUUCUCCCUGGCAUCUCCCCAGCGGGGGCUGCCCUUCCCACCCGCGUGCUGAACGCAGCCGUGCAGUCCCUCAGGCUUAUCGCCGUCAGAGACCCCCGCAGCGUCCGGGACAUCGCUUUGAGCCUUUUUGUAAAGAGGGACCUUGAUUCUGAAGUGAGAAUGCUGGCUUGUAUGAUUCUGUUUGAGACAAAGCCGCCAUUCGCUCUAGUGUCAACUGUCACGGCGUUCCUUUUAGAAGAGACCAACCUCCAAGUGGCCAGCUUCUCCUAUUCUCUUAUCAGUGGAUUAGCCAGGUCUCUCACUCCCGACAAUCACUAUUUAUCCUCAGCUUGUGAUGUAGCUGUGAAAAUCCUAGGAGAUAAACUUGGUCAUCUCAGUUACCGCUACAGUAAAGCUAGGCAGUGGGAUUGGUUCAACGAUGCAUUUUUGUUUGGAGCAGCCAGUGACAUCUACAUUCUACAUAAUGCUGCCAGCUUCUUCCCAACAGCUGUUAUGUUUAAAGGAAAGUCUUAUUUCAUAGGUAGAAUACUGCAGCUUCUAGAGCUUGGUGUACGCGCAGAAGGAAUCAAAGAACUUUUCAGCGAUAUUCCACCUUUAUUCAAUUGGGAAUCCAACAUCGUUAAGAUAAAAGCUGUUUUAAAGUUGCUGGCAGACUGGCAGUCAUUACCUAAAGAUAAGCCUCUUCUGUCUGUGUUUGCAAGAGCUUUUGGACAAGAGGUAUUGUUUGCUGAUAUAAACAGGGAUAUGAUUCAAAGUACUAUUCAGGCACUAAAUCUUAUUGCUGGCAAAGAUAGUCCAGUGUGGAAAAUGGUUGAAGAUCUCCAAAAAAGGAUAGCAUGGCAUUGGACAAAGCCAUACCUUGUUUUUGAAACCCGAUACAUACAAGCAACAAGCCUUGGCUUACCAAGUGAAAUCAGCAAAUACUAUUCUACUGUAACUGGCAUUACAGUCAAUGCUAAAGCAACCCUCAGUCCAUCACCAACAGAUAACCUGGGACAACUACUGAACUCUGAUAUUGUAAUUCAAACAGAUGGAAAUGCAGGUGUUACAAAUGACAUUUCUGUUUUCCAUGGGAUAAACACCGUCAUGUUUCAGUUCGGCACCGAGUUACAAAGCAAAACCAUAGUGAACUUGCCCUGGAAAUUUGCAAUGAAUCUCAGUGUGAAAUCCAGAAAAAUCCAGAUUGAUAUUUCUCCCUGUCAAAAUGACACAGGCUUGUUUUCAAUGAACUUCGAUGUUUAUGCCGUCUCGAGAAACAUUGAGGACCCACCGGGGUCCAUAAUGACUCCAAUGAUGGCAGGCCCCAAGGAAGCCAAUGAGCAUAAUGCAGAAUCAUUCAAACAAAAAAACGGGACCUCUGAACAAGAACAGGUGUGCACGGGAAGCUUGUCAGAAGUAUAUCAUGAGAAGAAUCAGAUGUGUGUGGAUGCUACUGUCUAUGGGACAGCGAUCUGCAUGGAAGCAGAGACCAAGAGGACACAUUACACAGAGGAAUACCCUCUUUAUUACUUCUUGGGAUUUACACAUUUUGCACUGAAACUUCAACCAGUACCAACAAGCAAGCCUAUUGACAAAAUACACAUUGAGAUCAAUGCUGGACCAAACAAGGCUGCCUAUGCCUUCAGUCAAAUGUUAGAACUCCUCAGGCAUGCCAAGAAUACAGGAAAAUCGAGUUCAUCUUCUGGUUCCUUGUUGAGAAAAACCCAACAAUCAGGACAUCUUGGACACCAGUCAUCUGCAUCUCAGUUGUUAGACGCGGCGCUUGAUCCUGUGGCAACGUUACUGGCGCUUGCAAUGAGUGGCAGUGCCAAGCCAGAUGGCUACGGCGCGGUCGCAUACUUCACCCAGGCUGCCCAGCAGCAUGACAUGCAGCUGCUCGUCUCUCAAGUGGGGGAGGAAGCCAACUGGAAACUGUGCACCGAUGCAAAUUUGGAUGAGGCGCACAGCAAAACGAAGAUUCACCUCAGAUGGGGGGCGGAAUGCCAGACAUACAAAAUGCUUAUAACGGCAGCGACAUCACACAUGCCUGGAUCACAUCCAUCGCUGUAUUCCAGCAUUGAAUGGGAAAAUAUGCCAGUGCUCAUGAAAGAGCUUGGGAAGAGAAUCCAAGAAUAUAUGCCUGGCAUGGCCUUUCUUCUUGGAUUUUAUCAGAAACACGUGAAAAACCCUGCAAACCAGGCGUCUGCUUUAGUUGUUGCCGCAUCGUCCAAAAGCAUUGACUUGAAGAUAAAAAUUCCGGAGUUGACGGUCUAUCGACAAGCAAUUCCACUUCCAUUUCCAAUUGACAAUUUUGCAGAAACAUACCAACAGUCUAAUGGGUUUGCCGAGCUACCACUAUUCAUGCUUAAAAGUGUUAACGCUCAGUGCUCAAUUUCUGGAAGCAAAUUUAAGACCUUCAACAACAUCAGAUUUAGGGCAGCCAUGCCCAAAGAUUGUUACCUUGUUCUGGCACAAGACUGCACUACAGACCUGAAGUUUUUGGUUCUGAUGAGAGAGGGCAUGCACAACAAGACCGAAAUCACUAUCAGAACACCAAUAGGGUUUCUGAAUAUGUGCUAUAAAACUCCAGGAGCCCCUCUGAUGAAGCUAAAUGAUUCUCCAAUAUCAUUAUCUGCCUUGCCACUGAAAGAUCCAUCAGGAAAAUUACUGAUUGGCAAAUCAGAUGGAGGCAUUGUAAUCCAGGCACCAACCCUAGGACUUCAUAGCUUGUAUUUUGAUGGGAAGACUAUAAAGGUCGUGAUUGAAUCGUGGAUGAGAGGGAAGACAUGUGGUCUAUGUGGUCUAGCAGAUGGAGAGACGAACACUGAAUUCAGGAAGCCAAAUUUACGGAUAGCCAAGAGCCCCACUCAUUUCCUCAAUUCCUGGGUGCUGCAUGGCGAAGCCUGUUCUGACACCUGCAGUCUGAGGCGGCAGAAAGUGAAGCUGGAGAAAAUGGUCCGGGUGCUGGGUGCCCGAUCCAGCUGUCAGUCUCUGGAGCCCGUUCUCCGCUGUAGAGAAGGCUGUUCUCCCACUAGCACUGCUGAGCAUUUAUUGGGCUUUCAGUGCAUUCCUCUCAACUCAGUCGUGGAACCAAAAUCUGCAUUUAAUAACGGAACUGUGCAUGUGGAAGAAUUUGUGGAUGAGCACACCUCCUGCGUCUGCAACCCAAAUGACUGUGUGGCAGUCUGAAUACGAC